AUGAUCAAGAAAAAUGACAAUGCAUACAAAUUAACUAAAUUAUCAUUGAAAAAAGAGUUAUUUUGGCAAGAGAUGGACUAUGAAAGUUUUAAAAUCAGAAGAUUGGAUAUAGUGAUCAAUUUGUUGACAAACAUUAUUUCUAGUCAAUAUCAAGAUGGAGAAAAGGUAAUUAAAGAAUUUAUGAGAAGUCUUCGGAUUGAAUAUUCUAGACGAAAAGAAGAAGAAAUAAAUUUUGAAUGGUUUCAAAAUUUUGUAAAAGAAAUACUAAAAUUUUUGAAUUCCUGCUCUUUAAUUUUUAAACCUACUAAUAAUAAUAUAUUAUAUACGUAUUUUAAAACUUUGGACUAUCACUAUUUAAUGGAAGAACUCAAUUUAAGUUUUAAGAAUGAAGAGUUUGAAAAUAGUUUAAGAUAUAAAAUUUAUUCAGUUGAAAUUGAAAACUCCACAGUUACUAUUCAAAAUAUAUUUAUUGACCAACUUUUAAGGAAAGAACUGAACUUAUUUAAUGAAGAGGUGUUAAAAAUUUUGACGGAUUCUUCAACAAAAGAGUUAUUUAUUGAUUUUAUAGUUAAGAAAGAGGGCUCAAAUACUAAUAAUGGAAAAAUGACAGGUUUUAAAAAUUCACAGAUUUACAAAUUUGGAUUACUUUUCUCUAGUUAUAUUCAGAUAUGUCUAACGAAUUCUGAGACAAGUUCAAUCAAUAAAAUUUGCUGGAUAUUGCUUUCGAAGCUAAGCGAGUUGAUAAUCGUGUUAUUUGAUAAUUUCUUUGUAUUUGAUCAAUAUGACAUUAUCAUACUAGUGAAACUCAUUUUAGAAUUUGAUGUAUUAUAUGCUAACGAGUGGAGGAAAAAUUCAACAAUUUUUGUUUCAGAUGAAACAAUUUUCUUAUAUUUUAGAGUUAGAACAAUUAAAAACAUGUUUAUGAUUAUUACAAAUAUCAACAGUUUUUUAUAUUUGCAAGGAACAAAAGAAUUUAUUGAAAUGUUGAAAAAAAACACCAAUUACUUAAUUCGGCUUGAAAAUUUUAAAAACAACAGCAAUAAAAUCAAUUAUAGCAAUAGAUCUAGCAAUACUGGAGAGCAUUUAUGUUAUAAAAAUUUGAUAUUCUUAUUAAAGAAAAACUUGGAUUUUGAUAUUCAGAUUUUUUAUAAGCAAAACAUUGAUCUAAGCAAAGAAGAACUUCAAGAGGAUUUAAAAUUGUGGCAGAAUUUCAUGUUUCAGUCCUUAGGAAUCUGGGACACAAACGAAAUAAAUAAUUUCAAACAACUUGAUUUUGGAAUAAUUUUUUAG